GUCAACACAAAAAAAAAAAGAAUAGGAAAUUUAAAAAAAAAUUUGUAAAAGUUGCUGAGAAUGUCAGGAGGAAAGCAGGGGGAAGAGGAGUGCAAACGUAAGCUGCAGAGCGUCGUCAAGUUCAACAGGAAUCUGCAGAGGAAUGAAGUACUUACCUUGCAUUACCUGGGAUUACCAUAUUUGGUCUUGUCCCGCACUCCAUUGCUGCGCCUCAAGGUGCCCGUGAGCACCUUCAACUACCAGGAUGGCGACAGAUGGGGAAUUGCCUUGCAACUGAUCUUCACUUGCCCCGUCAACUAUCCGCUGCAACUGCCGCACAUAGAUCUGGCCGAGAAGCGUAAUGUGAGCACAGAACUGGAGAUGAGUCUGCGCACGGAGAUUGCCCUGACGCUGGAGAAGCAUUUGGGUCUCUACAUGAUUGUGCCUGUUGUCACACAGCUGCAAAUGCUGCUAAACAACGAAGUGCGACAAUUGCCGUUGCAACAUUAGUUUAAAUUGCUUUGUGGCUGAAGGGAAGCUCGUAAAUGUUGAGUGUAUUUUGCUGUCCAAAUGAGUGGACGAGUAGUUGUUGCCAGUCAUCAUCAUGUAGGUAUAAGUACAGAUAUACAUAGGUAGGUCCUUGUUGUCUGGACGCGUAUGUACGUGCACAAACAUGUUUGCCGUAGUCCGUUGUAACUCACGCAGAAUACGUGACUUCUGGCAUUGGCGGACACUUUGAAGUAUGCAACACUUGGCCAAACGUUAACACGUGCCAGCAAAAGGACGCGCCAGGACGACAGCUCAUUAAUUGGCGACCCUGGCACUUUCAGUGGCCCAUCCCAUCCCAUUCCGUCCCGUCCAGCCUUAACUUAUCUUUUAUGCGCAUGCCAAAGCAUUUGACGUAGUUAUCUAACUGAGAAGUGGAACUGCGCUUAGUUCCUUGCACAUAUCCUUGUUACAUUUCCUUCCGCUGUCGCCGAUCGAAAUUGGAUGUUAAAAAAAGAAAAAUAUAUAGAAUGAAAUAAAGAAAAUGUGGCAAAGACA